AUGACAAUCCACGAAGAUAAUCUCGAAGGAAGUAUUGCUGCAUUGGAUCAUUAUGUAGCUCCUGGUUUAAGGUUGUGGAUGCUCAUUGCCCUAGUUUCUGGAAUAUUGUUUAUUAUGGUGGUGAUUGUUUGCUGCUUUAUGCGGAUUCGUAUACCUCGUACAAAACGACAAAUUGAUUUAAUUGCCGCUCGAAGAAAAAUGAGAAAGUCAAAUUUGCCAACGUCAUAUUCAUCGGAAGAACGAGCACAACCAAUUGUAAUGAAUACAAUGAAAGAACCAGUGUACUCGAAAAGCAGUGCUCGACAAGAACUUGACGAUGAUAUUACUGAAUCUGAAUCUCUUGUACAGAAUAUUUCAACCCAUGCUACUACAACAGUUUAA